GGACUAACCUUAGCAUAAUAACUUUCUAUCAAGUGUUCGAGUACAAAAUUUCAAAAUAAAAUUAUCGUAUUAAAAAAUGUGUAUAUUAGAUAUAAAAAUGAGGUAGUAUUUACUAAAUAAAUGUGUUUGCAAUGUUUGUAAAGUGAAAUAUUUAAAGUGUUUCGUGUAAAUAACAAUUGGUAAUUGCGCACGACUAUACACGCCAUUUUGAUUGCCGAAGCUUAUUUGUGGUAUUGUGGGUCCCACGUACAUUGCAGUUGAUUUAAGGGGGAAUGGCUGUUGAUAUUAUAUUGGGGUGAAUUUAAUUCCCCCAAAAAAAAUUGUGGUAUCGAAGUAAAACCACAAUGCCUGCGGUACCGAGACCUGGCUCAUUAAAAGAUCCUGAAAUUGCUGAACUUUUUUAUAAACAUGAUCCAGAGAAAAUCUUUGAAGAUUUACGUGAAAUUGGACAUGGCUCCUUUGGAGCUGUGUACUAUGCACGAUGUUUACUUACACGUGAAAUUGUCGCGAUUAAAAAAAUGUCCUAUGUUGGUAAACAAAGUUUAGAAAAAUGGCAGGAUAUUUUAAAAGAGAUACGAUUUUUAAAACAAUUAAAUCAUCCAAACACAAUCGAAUACAAGGGAUGUUAUUUACGGGAUCAUACAGCAUGGCUUGUUAUGGAAUAUUGUUUAGGUUCAGCAUCCGAUAUUAUCGAAGUACAUAAACGUCCUCUCAAAGAGGAAGAAAUAUCAGCAAUAUGUGAUGGUGUUUUGCAAGGACUUAGUUAUUUGCAUUCAUUAGGACGAAUACAUCGUGAUGUGAAAGCGGGCAAUAUUUUAUUAACUGAAAAUGGUACAGUGAAAUUAGCUGAUUUCGGGAGUGCAGCAAUUAAGUGUCCAGCGAAUAGUUUUGUUGGAACACCGUAUUGGAUGGCACCCGAAGUAAUAUUAGCCAUGGACGAAGGUCAGUAUGAUGGGAAAGUUGAUGUAUGGUCGUUAGGUAUUACAUGUAUUGAAUUAGCCGAACGUAAACCACCGUAUUUUAAUAUGAACGCUAUGUCUGCGUUGUAUCAUAUCGCCCAAAAUGAUACGCCCACAUUACAAUCACCCGAUUGGUCGGAUAUAUUUCGACAUUUUGUUGAAGCGUGCUUACAAAAAGCCCCAAAUGAACGUCCUACAUCGCAAAAACUACUAUCCCAUCAAUUUGUAACGCGACCUCGAUCACCGAAUGUACUAGUAGAUUUAAUUCAACGGACAAAAGCAGCCGUACGAGAAUUAGAUAAUUUAAAUUAUCGUAAAAUGAAGAAAAUUCUUAUGGUGGAAUGUGAAACCGAAUCAGCAAUUGGAGAUGGGGAUGAAACACCUGAUGAAACCACCGGAGGUGAUAGUUCUAAAUCAAAUUCUGUUACGUCGGAGCACAGUUUGCAUUCGGUGGGUGUAUCGGCGAGUAGUCAAUCAAGUUCAACGAAUUCUUUACCUGCUGGUGUUGAUACUCAACAUGGCGGGGGAGGUGAUUCGAGAAGGAAUCGUGUUAGUAAUUCAAAUUCAAAUCAUGCAGCUGCCUCCGCGGCUGCAAUGGUUUCUGAACAUGGUGCAAAUAAUUUCGCGACAAUACGUACUACAAGUAUUGUCACGAAACAGCAGAAGGAACAUAUGCAGGAAGAAAUGCAUGAACAGAUGUCUGGUUAUAAACGUAUGCGUCGGGAACAUCAAGGUGCACUUCUCAAGUUGGAGGAACGUUGUAAACUUGAAAUGGAACAACAUAAAAGUCAAUUGGAUAAGGAAUACGAAGCGUUGUUGCAGACAUUUAGUCGAGAAUUAGAACGUUUACAGGUUCGCCAUACACAAGAUUUAGAUAGGAAGGUCAAACAAAAUCAUACAGCUGAAAAGAAAUUGUAUAAAGAUAUUUCUGUUCGACAAGAAGCUGAACGAAAGAAUUUUGAAGUGCAACGUAAAAAAGAAUAUAAAGCGAAUAAAGAGAGAUGGAAACGAGAAUUAUCCAUGGAUGAAGCAACACCAAAACGACAACGAGAUGCAACUUUACAGUCACAAAAGGAUAAUUUAAAGCAAGUUGAAGCACAGGAAGAACAAAGAUUAAUUCGUGGUCAAAAAGAAUAUUUAGAACUGGAGAUACGGAAGUUUAGAAGAAAAAAAUUAUUGUAUUUUCAAAAUUUAGAACGUGAAUUAUUGCAAGAGGAAUUAAAUAAACGCCAACAACAAUUAGAACAAGCUCAUUCGAUGUUGUUGCGACAUCAUGAAAAAACUCAAGAAUUGGAGUACAGACAACAGAAAGCAGUUCAUGCAUUACGCGAAGAACAAGUUCAACGACAACAUCAUACUGAAUUACAGAAUCAGAAUGAGUAUAUGGAACGUGCUAAACGUGAAUUACGCAAGAAACAUGCGUUAGAAUUAAAACAACAACCAAAGUCUUUAAAACAAAAAGAAAUGCAAAUUCGGAAACAAUUUCGUGAAACGUGUAAAAUACAAACACGUCAAUAUAAAGCAUUAAAAGCUCAAAUUUUACAAACAACAGCAAAAGAUGAACAGAAAACUGUGAUUAAAAAAUUAAAAGAGGAGCAACGACGUAAAUUAGCAUUGCUAGGUGAUCAAUAUGAGCAAAGUAUUACAGAAAUGUUACAGAAACAAAGUAUCCGUCUUGAUGAAAGUCAAGAAGUUGAAUGCCAACUUUUAAAAGAUCGACUUCAUUAUGAAUUAGAAAUUUUAAUGGCGUAUCAAAGUAAGAAUAAAAUGCAAGCAGAAGCUCAAAGGAAUCGUGAACGAAAAGAAUUAGAAGAACGAGUUUCUGUACGGCGUGCAUUAUUAGAACAAAAAAUGGAAUCUGAAACGCAGCAAUUUAAACAAGAACGUGCUGAACGUAUUCGUUUGUUACAAGAACGUCAGGAACGCGACCUUGAACAAUUUGAUGAUGAAUCUACAAGACUUGGAUUCAGUACAUUAGCUAUUGCAGAGGCGUCCAAAGAAACUUAUCCUGAUGAUGAACAGAGUCUAUCUGGCUCAAUGUUAAGUUUAGCGCAUAGUAAUAGCUCUACUAGUUUCCCAAUAGGCUCACUCUAGCCUUAAGAAUCCUUUAGCUUCCGCACUUUCUACCAAUCGGUCACCAGCUGAUGAUAUCUUUAAAAUAAAAAGAACGUCGUAAAUUACCAUU